CCUCAGCUAAAUAGUCCCUCAAUCAGUUCGAUUGGAACUGUUAAUUCAUAAUCAUGGCUUUCACAAAAAUAUUGUUUGUCACCUUCUUGGUUUUGGGGGUCGGACAUGCGUUUUCGUCCCGAAACAGCACCGGUCGCAACCAGGAGAACUACUUUAGAAACCCAAUUCUUGACGAAUUAGCGGCCGAUCCAUCCGUAAUAAAGUUGAAUGGCUGGUAUUACAUGGUGUUCACGCAAGGAAAUAAGAUUGACAUACUGAAAAGUCCGAUUUUGUCCAAUUUUCGAAAUGCUGAAAGAAGUACGAUCUACGUAACUCCACCUUUCCGUCAUAACCUUUGGGCCCCAGAACUCCACUUGAUUCGGGGAGGAUUGUACAUCUACUUCACGAUGGACGAUGGUGUUGCGGACGAGAAUCACAGGAUGUACGUAAUCCAAGCGCUCGAUCCCAAUAAUCCGUUGGGCAGAUGGUCUUCAGAGAUCAGGCUUCUCCCCGAAGAGGAGAUUUAUGCAAUUGAUGGCACGGUCAUGCAGUAUGGAAAUGGGGAGUUGUACUUUAUCUGGACUGGUUUCCCACAACCUCCAGGGUCCAUGAAUCUUUACAUUGCUCGCAUGGAGUCUGCCACACGCGUUUUUCCACCCCGAAUACUACUUCGAAGACCUACCAUGGAAUGGGAAACGCAUGGCUAUCCUGUAAACGAGGGUCCCUUCAUCGUGGAGAAUGCAGGUCGAACUUUCCUCGUAUUUUCAGCCUCUUCAACUUUCACCCCGGACUACUGCCUCGGAAUUAUGGGGAUUGAUGAGCUUAGGGACCCACUGGUUCCAAGUAAUUGGUGGAACGACGUGAAUCACUGUGUAUUCCAGAGGAAUGAUGCGGAGAGCGUUUUUACAACGGGGCAUGCUUCUUUCGUCAGAUCCUUGGAUGAUUCUGAGCUUUGGAUGGUUUACCAUGCGACGGAUAAUGUCAACGAUAACGGUGUGAAUAGAAGGGCCCGGAUUCAAAAAAUUGAGUGGAAUCCUGAUCUAGCUCCAAGAUUUCCUGUCGCUGCUGGGAUCAAUACACCACUUCUCGUUCCAAGUGGGGAAUAAAUAGCACAAAUUUUAGCUUGCUCCAGAUUCGUAAUGCAAUGGAAACAAUUAAUUAAUUCGAGAAUAUUUAAAUCGUAAUAAAAUAAACUGCAUACGAUUGCAGGGUUGAUAAUGCA